UCUCAUCUAAAUCAGGUGAGAUAAAAUUAUCUCACUUUCUCAAAACGACUUGGACAAAGGUAAUGCCAAUCAAAACAUAACUUUAUCUUUUUUAUCACCUAAAAAUAUUUCUGACGCACCACGUUCGUUAUGUUUUCGUUUAUCAAUCCAUUUGCCUGUCGAAUAUGUUUCGAGACGUCCAUGAAAUUCGAAUCCUUAGCCGAUAUUGUGGAUGGAAAUUCGCUGGCCGAUAUGCUACGGUAUUGCGUCAAUCUAGAGAUUGACCAGAACGACGGACUGCCCUAUCAGUGUUGUUCAAAAUGCAAACUUGAUUUAAUAGUGGCUUACCAGCUAGUUACUCGAUGUCAUCAAUCCGAUACCAAGUUUCGAGAGAUGGUGCUGGAAACCAAAGCUAAAGAAAGAUUUCCUAUCGAGAAUGAAUUGAUGCCACCGCUCACAGAAGACGAUAUCAAAAUUGAAUUGGAUAUCGACGAGGAGCGUAUAUAUGCUGAGCCUUUAUCUCAAAGUAAUGUUCACGAAGGGAACACAGUCAAACAGGAGACAAAAGAUAAAUUGUGCAAUGCAGCAAAAAGUGAAGAAGAAUCAAGCGAGGACGAUUAUGAAGAGGAAGCCGUCUCAAAUGACGAAAAAGCUCUGGAUGAUAAUGAAGAUAGCCCGGAUCCAUCUAAAAAGAGCAAGAAAACUCCGGAACGAUGUUGCCGAUGUAGAAUAAAACUAAGUACAAUGGAAGCAAUUAUCGAACAUUCGAAGAAAGUUCACUUAACCAAGCGAUGUACAGAUUCAAAGAAAAUUGCAGCUAAACCUUUUGAAUGCGAUUUGUGUUUCAAACGGUACACCACUAAAAAAGCAUUGUGGCAACAUAAGUCAUUACUCUUCGUGAAGAACAAGUUUCAGUGUGAUGAAUGCGAACAAAGCUUUAGACUCGAACGGACUCUGCUCCAGCAUAAAGACAGCCACAAAAAUGUAGUUCAACCGUACAGUCGACGCCAAGAUCAACUGCCUCGUUGCUGUGCUUGUUUCGAACAGUUUGACACUGACGAGUUGCUGAAAAAACAUGCAGAUGAAACCCACUCACCGGAAAGUACAUCGGUGGAAGAUUUGAGCAAGCCUUUCAGCUGCGACUUAUGCCAUCGUCGAUAUAAGAAUAUUCGCAUUUUGAGGGAACAUCAGGCAAAACCCUACCGUAUCACACAGUAUCAAUGUGCUACAUGCGGUCGAACCUUCCGAGAGAAGUGUGCCUUGGCAGAUCACGAACGGUCCCACCGUGAGGAACGAUCCUUCAUAUGUCCGGUCUGUUCAAAAACAUUCGCUAUGAAAGAUUCUUACCGAAAGCACGUCAGAGCGCACACUUUGGCCGAAGAUCGAUUUAAAUGCGAAGUAUGUGGAAAGGGAUUCAAAGCCAGGGCCAAUCUCAAAUGUCAUCUUAUUACGCACAACCCCCAACACCGGCCGAUACAGUGCACACUUUGUCCGGCAACGUUCGCUCGAAAGAUAUGUCUACAGGCACAUAUGAAGCUGCACACUGGCGAAAAGCCCCACAAGUGUGAUCAGUGCGGUGCGGCUUACACUUUUGCGACGGACUUAAAGCGACAUAUCAUGGCGCACAACGGUAUUAAGCCGCAUUUGUGCACCAUCUGUGGUCGAGGGUAUCCCCGUCGGGACUACCUCCGAAAACAUAUGGCUAACCAUGUAAAUCAGGAAACAAGACAAUCGGGGGCAAUAUGAUGAACGUUCUACUUAUUUCAAACACAAGUCCUAGGCAUUGGGCAUUCAAAUUGCGUACUAACAAAUUACGUCACGAAAUUUAAAAAAAUGUUAUUAGAUCAUUGAAGAAUCAAGUAAAAUUCAUUUAUAACAAAA